CCAUUGCUCCUUUGUCCAUUGGAGAGAGCAGCGCGCCUCGCAGAACGGAAAAAAGACAGCCGGCCGUCCUGCAAAACUCCGCCGUGUAUCGCGCCGCAGUUGUUGUCUUUUUCUCCUCCGCGAAACGCAGCGGGUGCUUCGGUUUUUUUAAUCCGGCCGCGCGCUUCGGAGUUUUUUUUCCUUCUUUUUUAAGAUUUUUUUUUUGUUGAAUCCAUCGUAGAGGCGAAUCCACAAAGGAGGGGGGGACAAAAAUCAAAAUGGAAGACACUAAAUACCUCCCGGAGCUGCUGGCUGAGAAGGACAGCUUGGAUUCGUCGUUCACGCACGCGACGAAACUCAUCUCCGCAGAAAUUGAGAGGAUUCAGAAAGGUGAAACAAAGAAAGAGCCAGAGAAGGAAACGUAUCUGGACCUGUUUACCACCAAGAACCUCAAACUGAAGGAGCGGGUGCUCAUCCCUACCAAGCAGUACCCCCGGGUCAACUUUGUUGGUAAGCUAUUGGGGCCACAGGGGAGCACAAUCAAGAGACUCCAGGAAGAGACCGGUGCAAAGAUUUCCGUUCUGGGUAAAGGCUCCAUGAGAGACAAGAACAAGGAGGAAGAGUUGAGGAAGGGCGGUGAGGCCAAAUAUGCUCACUUGUCCAUGGAGCUGCAUGUGUUCAUUGAGGUGAUGGCACCCAUUCCAGAGGCCUACAUGCGCAUGGCUCAUGCCAUGGAGGAGGUCAAGAAGUUCCUUAUCCCGGAGCCCGGUGAACAUGACCCGUACAUGGAUCCCCACUUCCUAAACGGAUCCCAGGAUGGAAGCAGGGGACGGGGCGGUCACCUCGGGAGGGGGAGGGGUGGACCCCCUGGUAGUGGAGGGCCAAGGGGGCGAGGGAUGCCACGCGGGGCUCCCCGGGGAUCAAUGCGCGGCGGAGGCCCGCGAGGGGGCUUAGGCCGCGGCAACGGCCAUCGAGGUGCCCCAUCCGGUAGGGGCGGACCGCCCUCUGCUCCCAAUAGAGGAGGCUCCGCUCCCCGCUCUAGACCGCCUGCAGCUGGGGCUCCGAGGAUGCUCCCCUCUGCAGCCAUGUCCCAUCAAGGUCCUCCCUCUACAUCACAGUCCAAAACCGAUGGCUAUGAGGACUACCCUGCCUAUGAGGAGCAGUAUGCAGAGCCUACCUACGAAGGAUAUGAAAACUAUUACAAUCAGCAACCUGCCCCUGCGGAUACUGAGUAUUAUGAUUAUGGACAUGGAGAGGCCCAGGAAACCCCGUAUGAGCCCUAUGCUCAGGAUGAGUGGGACAACUCAUGGUCCAGCUCCGGUGCCGGAGGCAAGACCACCGCCCCCAGGCAGUCGAAGGGAACGUAUAGAGAGCAUCCCUACGGAAGAUACUGAACGGCUACUGGUAGAGAGUUGCUAUGGCAACUGUCUCCGAUUGUAACUCACUGAACGUUUCAAAAAGUAAUUCCCCUUUCGUUUGUUCCCUUUUUUUAUGGUUUAUUUUAUUUUUUUAUUUUUUAAACCCGGUAGAUGUUUUGUUGGCUGUAUCAUAGUGCAAGAGGAGAAACGUGAAGACGGUUUUUCGUUGUUUACCUGUUUCCAUUUAAUGUUUGUUUCAGUUGGGUAGUUGGCAGGUCCUAGUGACAUAACCCUAACAAAGAAAACAGAGUAACCUUUUAAUGAUUUAUCGUUUAAGUUAAUUGCGUCUGAACAAAAUGUGACUAUGGCGAUAAAUUCUUCUCACGUGGGCUGCAUUCUAAAAGUCCUUCGUGACUGGACAAAAGCGAUUCCCAAUGCCUCAAUGUAACUUUACUUUAACCGAUGUAGUCACAAACUCAAAUACAGCCCUGAGCCGUUUUGAUAAAUAAGUCUUAUCUUAGAUUUGUUUACACUGCAAUAUAACUCAAGUGUGUGAAGUUAUAGAGUAUCCUAAAAUACUAUUGAAAUCAAUUUGGCAAAGAAAAGUAUAUUUGCUUCACUUUACAAUUGAUUUAUUGUGAUCUGACUAUUACUUGCGAAAUCAACGUUGAUCGACUAAUUCUUGGAAAGCCUGAAGGAUUAACAAUCCUUACUAUGUGAGAGGAAGGCAGCAGCCAACUCAAUAUUUUGUACAUAACCUUAGAAAAACUGUGUAUGCUUUAAGCCGUAUCGUCUCCAAAAUGCAUAAUGCCUGUGUUCCUUUUGGCUAAAUAGGAUACUAAAUAUAUCCCCAAAUGUUUUUCUGCAGUGCGUGUUUCAAUAAAGUUUCUAGUUUCUUUUUAAUCAAACUAAACAUGGUAUUUUGCCUUUGUUGUACCAAAGGAAUGCCUUCAGUUUGUGAAAGUGGUCCUGAGGGUUUCUCAACAACGCUGAAUAAGCUGUAUGUAUACACAAAAAAAAAAAAAACCCAAAACAAAAGCAGUGCUCUGACAUGGAGCUUAUCCUCUUCGUCUGUUUUUCAAAACUUAUCUAAAUGACACAUGUAAUGUCGCCUUCAAAACAAAUAAAAAAAGCUCAUUCCUUGA